AUGAGAGGUGGAAAGAAGGAUAUUUCAUUAAACGUCCAAAAAAUAGGAGACCCCAACGAUUGUUCCAACUAUAGGGGAAUAACACUGUUGGAUGUUUCAGGGAAGGUAUUUAAUUGGAUCAUACUGAACAGAAUGAAAGAAGUGGAUGAUAAGCUACGUGACCAACAAGCUGGUUUUCGUAAAAUUAGUUCUUGUACGGCCCAGAUAGCAACGUUACGCAUUAUCAUCGAACAAUGUGCUGAAUGGAAUUCUUCCCUUUAUGUAGGCUUCAUAGAUUAUGAGAAAGCCUUUGACAGCAUUGACAGGAAGAUAAUAUGGAAGCUUCUGCGACAUAAUGGCAAAUUGGUAAAUACCGGUAUCAUCCGCAACUCUUAUGAACAUCAUGCCGCAGAAGAUUCCAUUGUUAACUGA